AUAUUUGGUAAACAUCAACAUUACCAUGGCACGAUUCGGCAACUUGAAUCCUUACGAUUUACACAAACGUCUCAUCAAUGACUACAUUCUGAAAAAACCGGGAGACACAAAGGUUCUUCAGCGUGACACAUCCAAAGAUCGUACAGAUUACGAUGUAAUUCGUGACAAUCAUCGAUUUCUAUGGGACGAUGAAGACGACGAAACAGAUUCGUGGGAAAAGCAAUUGGCCAAACGCUAUUACGAUAAACUGUUCAAAGAGUACUGCAUUUGUGACUUGAGUCGAUACAAGGAUAACAAGGUUGCUAUGCGAUGGCGUGUGGAGAAGGAAGUGGUUACGGGGAAAGGACAAUUCAUUUGUGGAAAUCGAACGUGUUCGGACAAUUCAGGACUUAGAAGCUGGGAAGUAAAUUUUGCCUAUGCCGAACAUGGGACACGGAAGAAUGCUCUCAUCAAACUGCGUCUGUGUCCGGAUUGCUCAAAGAAACUCAACUACCACUCCAACAAACGCGAAGUGAAAAAACUGAAAAAAGAGAAACGAAAAAGCGGACGACGAUCAAAAUCUGCAUCCGAAGGAAAUCAAUCGCCAGGUUGUUCGACUUCUGCAGCCUCAAGUAAAACGGUAACGGACGAAGAAAUAGUCGAAUCGAACGAGGAGGUUGAUGUUCACAAGAAUGAUGCACUGGAAAAGAACGUCGAGUCCAUAGAGAAACAUUGUUGGACCAAGACAACGGAUGCGGAGGAAAAGAGUCGCGAAGAAGAAUUCGACGAAUACUUGGAGGAUUUAUUGUUGUAAGCAAAUUCAUUCGGUUUGUUGAAUUAAAUCUUUAUUUUAUUCGGAAAAAA